UCUCCUCUCCCCCAGUGCCCCUUUGUGAAGCUUUCUGGGCUGGACUCAGAGACCACCCUUCUGGGAGAAGGUGCUGUUGGGAACACAGAGGAAGUGACUGGCUGGGGGUUCAGGGAAAGCUCCGUAGAAGAGGGAACACUUGAGCUGGGUCUUGAAGGAUGAGUAGAAGUUCACCAAGUGGGAAAGGACACUCUAGGAUGGCCGAGCCUCGAUUUAACAACCCCUACUUCUGGCCCCCUCCUCCCACCAUGCCCAGCCAGCUGGACAACCUGGUCCUGAUUAACAAGAUCAAGGAGCAGCUGAUGGCCGAGAAGAUCCGGCCGCCUCACCUGCCGCCCACGUCGGCCUCGUCGCAGCAGCCGCUGCUAGUGCCUCCGGCGCCCGCCGAGAGCAGCCAGGCCGUCAUGUCGCUGCCCAAGCUGCAGCAGGUGCCUGGGCUGCACCCGCAGGCCGUGCCGCAGCCGGACGUGGCGCUGCACGCGCGGCCGGCCACCAGCACCGUCACAGGUCUUGGGCUCUCCUCCCGCACCCCGGCUGUGAGCACUUCCGAAUCGAGCGCGGGCACGGGCACGGGCACGGGCACCAGCACCCCGUCCACACCCACUACCACCAGCCAGAGCCGCCUCAUCGCCUCGUCCCCCACCCUCAUCUCAGGGAUCACCAGCCCCCCCCUCCUGGACUCCAUCAAGACAAUCCAGGGCCAUGGCCUGCUUGGCCCCCCCAAGUCCGAACGCGGCCGCAAAAAGAUCAAGGCGGAGAACCCAGGGGGUCCGCCUGUCCUAGUAGUCCCCUACCCCAUCCUGGCCUCGGGCGAGACUGCAAAGGAGGGCAAGACGUACAGGUGUAAGGUAUGCCCACUGACCUUUUUCACCAAGUCGGAGAUGCAGAUCCACUCCAAGUCGCAUACAGAGGCCAAGCCCCACAAGUGCCCGCACUGUUCUAAGUCCUUUGCCAACGCCUCCUACCUGGCCCAGCACCUGCGCAUCCACCUGGGCGUCAAGCCCUACCACUGCUCCUACUGUGAUAAGUCCUUCCGACAGCUCUCCCACCUCCAGCAGCACACCAGAAUCCACACAGGCGACAGACCCUACAAGUGCCCACAUCCUGGCUGCGAAAAGGCUUUCACUCAGCUCUCCAACCUCCAGUCUCACCAGCGCCAGCACAACAAGGACAAGCCCUACAAGUGUCCCAACUGCUACCGGGCCUACUCGGAUUCCGCCUCCCUGCAGAUCCACCUCUCUGCCCACGCCAUCAAGCACGCCAAGGCUUACUGCUGCAGCAUGUGUGGGCGGGCCUACACCUCG